AUGCUUAUGGAAAGCAAGCUGAACAUCUGCUAUGCACGUGUAGAGGCCUACAUCCAGACCGGGCGUGCCCUUUGGACAGAUGGCCAGGACUGCAGUUAUGGAGGACCACAGCAUCAAUGGCUGAGUGGGUCUUCAGGAGGACAUUCAGCCUUUUUGGAGAGGUUCCGAAUGUAUACCCCGUUUGACCCCAUGGCAGCUGAACACAAGGCAACAGUAGUCAUGUCCUUCAUAGAUCAGGCAGCUCCUGAUAUUAAAAAGAAAUUACAGAGACUGGAGGGCAUUCAGUCUCUCAGCACCCAGGACCUUGUAAAGGAGGCAGAGAGGGUGUAUAAUAAAAGAGAAACACAGGAAGAAAGGGAAACCAGAAUGGCAAAAGAGCAAGAAGAAUGAGAGGACUGUCGAGAAAGAUGCAGAGGCAAAGAAUUAACUCGGAUCUUGGCCGCAGUGGUGGCCGAUAAUUCUAGGUCUAAGGGACAGGAUAGAGAGGGAGGAGAUCAGAGGCGGCCCAGGGUAGAAAAGGACCAAUGUGCUUAUUGUAAGGAGAGAGGCCAUUGGAUCCGAGACUGCCCUAAGAGACCCAGAGACCAGAAAAGGGUUCCAGUCUUGGCCCUAGGCGAAGAUAGUGACUGAAGGUGUCAGGGCUCUGAAGCUCCCCCUAAGCCCAGGCUAACUCUUACAGUCGGGGGGCAACGUACUACCUUCUUGGUAGACACCGGUGCCCAACACUCAGUCCUGACCCAGCCAGCUGGACCGAUGUCAUCAAAAACUUCCUUCCAAGAAGCAACUGGGGGCAAGCUACACGGAUGGACUAAUAAACGGACUGUUGACCGUGGCACAGGUACCGUGACCCACUCCUUCCUAGUAGUUCCUGAAUGCCCCUAUCCCCUGUUAGGAAGAGACCUGCUAACUAAGUUGGGGGUCCAAAUACACUUCUCAGAAGAGGGGGCACAAGUACUUAACUCCAUGGGAACGCCUGUGCAGAUUCUCACUGUUAAACUGCAAGAUGAGUACAGACUGUUUGAGCCCACCCCUCAAGGGCCUCUUUCAGAAGAUAACCCAUGGCUCCAGCAGUUCCCUCAGGUAUGGGCAGAGACCGGAGGGCUUGGACUAGCCCACACACAGCCACCUAUUAUUGUGACUCUUAAACCCUCGGCUGUACCGGUCUCAAUCAAACAAUACCCAAUGAGUCAAGAAGCCCGGCUGGGCAUUAUAAAACAUAUCCACCGAUUCCUGCAACUAGGAGUCUUAAAGCCUUGUCAAUCCCCCUGGAAUACUCCACUCUUGCCUGUAAAAAAACCAGGGACGCAGGACUAUAGGCCCGUGCAGGACCUCAGAGAAGUCAAUAAGAGGGUGAUAGACAUCCAUCCCACAGUGCCCAACCCAUACAAUCUACUGAGCACUCUAAGGCCAGAUUUCACUUGGUAUACUGUCCUAGACCUUAAGGAUGCCUUCUUUAGUCUGCCCUUGGCCCCCCAAAGCCAAUUGUACUUUGCCUUUGAAUGGAAGGACCCUGAAUUAGGACUCUCAGGACAGGUGACUUGGACGUGCCUUCCCCAAGGGUUCAAGAAUUCUCCAACCCUGUUUGAUGAGGCCCUGCACCAGGAUUUGACAGACUUCCACACCCAGAACCCUGAGGUGACACUCCUGCAGUACGUGGAUGACCUUCUAUUGGCUGCUCCCACCAAGGAGGCCUGUAUCACCGCCACCCAGCACUUACUCCAAGAACUGGGUAACAAAGGCUAUUGUGCAUUGGCCAAGAAGGCCCAGAUCUGCAAAAAGGAGGUAACAUAUUUGGGCUAUGUCCUGCAUGAGGGAAAAAGAUGGCUCACCAAGAGUCGAAUUGACAUGGUGGCCAAGAUUCCCCCACCUCAGAGCCCCAGACAGUUAAGAGAGUUCUUGGGGACAGCAGGCUUCUGCAGAUUAUGGAUACCGGGCUUUGCUGAACUUGCUGCCCCCUUAUACCUUCUGACACGGGGCACCGACUCUUUCCAGUGGGGCCCCCCCCAGCAACAGGCCUUUGAAGCCAUAAAGAAGGCCCUCCUGUCUGCCCCAGCCCUGGGAUUGCCAGACACCACUAAGCCAUUCACCCUCUUUGUAGACGAAAAACAAGGGAUCGCCAAGGGGGUAUUGGCUCAGACUCUGGGACCUUGGAAACGGCCUGUGGCCUACUUAUCUAAACAACUAGACACCGUAGCCGCUGGAUGGCCUCCAUGCCUGUGCAUUAUGGCUGCCACUGCGCUGUUGGUUAAAGAUGCCAACAAAUUGACCUUGGGACAAUCCCUGACCAUAGUCAUGCCUCAUGCACUGGAGGCAGUGAUACGCCAGCCCCCCGAUAGAUGGGUCACCAACGCCCGUCUCACUAACUACCAAGCUCUACUCCUAGACUCCGAACGUAUCACCUUCGGCCCUCCAGUUACCCUCAACCCUGCUACAUUGCUGCCAGCCCCAGACCGAGGACAAGAGACUCCACAUGACUGUCAUCAAGUGUUGGCUGAGACACAUGGAACAGAGGACCUCCAAGAUGGCGAACUUCCAGAAGCCGACCACACUUGGUAUACGGACGGUAGCAGUUAUUUGGACUCAGGUACCAGACGGGCAGGGGCAGCAGUGGUGGAUGGGCAGAAGGUCAUAUGGGCCCAGGCCCUUCCCUCGGGGACCUCUGCCCAAAAGGCUGAGCUUAUAGCCCUGACCAAGGCCUUGGAACUCUCUCGAGGCAAAAAGGCUAAUAUCUACACUGACAGCCGGUAUGCCUUUGCCACCGCCCACAUACAUGGGAGCAUCUAUGAACAGAGGGGCUUAUUAACAUCAGAGGGCAAAGAGAUCAAAAACAAGCCCAAAAUUAAAGCCUUGCUAAAAGCCCUCUUCCUACCUGCUCGGGUGGACGUCAUUCACUGUCCUGGGCAUCAAAAAGGACAGGACCCCAUUGCCCUGGGCAACCAACAGGCGGACAGAGUGGCAAAACAAGUCGCCCGCAUGGAGGCCCUAACACUGGCCCUAGAGGCCGAUAGAGCCAAUCAGGCAACCAGCCAAGUAGAACCAUAUAUCUAUACUUCGGAAGACCAAGCCAAGGCUCAGGCCUUAGGGGCCUCAUUAGAUCCAAAACUCCAGCAGUGGAUCAAAAAUGGCAAGACAGUGCUACCAGCCAAAGAGGCAACUGCCAUGAUCCAACAGAUGCACACCUGGACCCACCUAGGAUCAAAGCUUCGACAGAUCUUGGACAAAACAGAGUUCAUCAUCCCUGGAGCCAAUGCCCUGAUUGACAAAACUGUAGCUAAUUGCCAAGCCUGCCAGCAAGUCAACGCUAGCAAAAGCCAAGCCCCAGAAGGAACCAGGGUCUGUGGGGACAGACCAGGAACCUACUGGGAAGUAGACUUCACUGAGGUAAAACCCCCAGCUGCAGGUUAUCAAUACUUAUUGGUCUUCAUAGACACUUUUUCAGGAUGGGUAGAAGCUUUCCCAACCCGACGGGAAACAGCACAAACAGUAACCAAGGCCAUCCUAGAAGACAUUUUUCCUCUGUUUGGACUCCCUAAGGUAAUCGGGUCAGAUAACGGGCCAGCCUUCAUCUCCCAGGUAAGUCAGGGAUUGGCCAAGAUCCUGGGGACUGAUUGGAAUUUACAUUGUGCUUAUAGACCCCAAAGUUCAGGACAGGUAAAAAAGAUGAAUAGAACUUUAAAAGUGGCCUUGACUAAAUUGACCAUAGAGACUAGCUUAAAAGACUGGAGGCGCCUCCUAUCUCUGGCCCUGUUUAGAGCCAGAAACACCCCUUCUCUUUUUAACCUGACUCCAUAUGAGAUUUUAUAUGGCGGGCCACCUCCUCUGUCUACCAUGCUCAAUUCUUAUCAGCCCUCUGCUUCCAAAACUGAUUUGCAGGCUCGCCUAAAAGGGCUACAAGCUGUACAGGCCCAAGUUUGGCCCCCCGUUGCUGAGAUCUACAAGCCUGGCCACAACCAGACAAGAUACCCUUUCCACGUCGGUGACUCAGUCUACAUUCGACGACACUGGUCCCAAGGGCUCGAGCCUCGGUGGAAGGGACUCGAUACAGUCCUCCUGACCACACCCACUGCCCUCAAAGUAGACGGAAUUGCAGCUUGGAUACAUGCCUCCCAUGCCAAGGCCGCUCCUCCUCCUCCAGACCCUGAGCAACGCUCCCAAUGGCACCUACACCGCUCCGAAGAUUCUCUAAAGAUAAGACUGACCCGAUCUGGCCCUUAA